UACAGUGUUAUGUAACUCAUGUCAGUUUCUGAUAUCACCAAUUCAUUUCCUUGAUAUCUCUUCAUAGUGUUUAUAGGUGAUGUCAGCAUAAAAUGAUAUAAUGAAGCACUAAGAUAAACUGAUGGUAUCCUUUAUCAUACCUGGCAACUUUAUAUAUUAAUCUAUUGAGAUAUAUUUACUGUAGAUAUGAGGGUCGUUUCAAUUUGUUAAUAUCUCUAGCUCUGUCCUACCAUCAAGGUAGAGAAAGACCCAACAAAAGUUUAAUGUGUGUAGGUGGGGAAAAUGUAUAAUUUGAUUUUAACUCGUUUCAGUUACUUAUCAUCCAAAAGCUCCCGUUUGACAUAUUGGAGGGGAGAUGUCAACACUCCAACCAAGGACAGGAUGAGGGUAUCAGUCCCUAUGAUAACUACUAUUGAUCAACUGUUAGCUGUGCUGAUGAGGCUGAGACUAGGUCUUUCUGUUCAGGAUCUGGCUGACAGAUUUAACAUAUCUUCAGCAACAUUUUCUUCCUACUUUACUACAUGGAUAAGUUUGCUCCAUGCUGAACUGAAAUUUCUCAACCCCUUUCCAAGUCGAGAUAUUAUAAAACGUACAAUGCCAUCAUGUUUCAAAGAAAAAUAUCCUUCAACUAGAGUUAUUCUAGAUUGUACAGAAAUUUACAUUCAGAGAUCUUGUAGCUUAGUUAAUCAAAGUCUCACAUUCUCAAAUUACAAACACCACAACACCCUGAAGUUUCUUGUAGGUAUUAGUCCUUCUGGUGUCAUAACAUUUAUAUCAGAAGCCUGGGGAGGCAGAGUUUCAGACCGUAAAUUAACAGAGGACUCUGGUAUUCUGGAUCUUUUGGAGCCCUUCGACAGUGUUAUGGCAGACAAAGGAUUUACUAUAGGGGACCUGUUAGAAAAACGCCAGUGUUAUCUAAAUAUUCCACCAUUUCGAGGAAACUCUAACCAGUUUUCUACAACAGAGGUUUUUCAGACUCAGGAAAUAGCACAGCUUAGAAUACAUGUUGAAAGAAGUAUUGGCCGUGUCAAGAAUUUUCAUAUAUUGGAAGGAGUGCUACCCCUUUCUCUUGCCCCACUAGCUUCAAAAAUUGUUCAAGUCUGUUGCUGGCUUACAAACUUUGAUACCCCUCUUGUAGAAGAUAAAUGUUAACAGUUUGUACAGUUUAUGAACUUGUGCCACACUAUUCUUAAAAUUAUAAAUAUGCACUUGGGGUCUUUUUGUCUCCAAUAAAAUGACAUUUUGAAACAUGACCAAUACUUCAUUGAACAGAAACUUACAGCUGAUACACCUUAACUUCUUUCAGUCACUGGUUCCAUAUAGAAAUAUGGUAAAGGUUCUAGUUAUAAUGGAACGUAAAAGGAGUGGAAAAAAGCACGACCAGACAUGGGUUCGA